AAUAAAAAAAAUUUAGGACAGAAUCGAGAAAAAUUUAAGAAUGACAAACAUCAAAGCAAGUCGUAAAGGAAUGCGACUGAACGAUGCGCAGUACUUUCGAUUACCUUUGCCGCACACGCGUAAGCAGAUGAUGGUAAUACGUGUAAUGCCGCGAAUCGUGGACACGAAUUACUCUUAUGUAAUCCAAGAUUCGAUCACGAGUCCAAAUACUGGACGUGAAACGACGUCUCGACGUCGCGGCAAGACUUUGGAAGCGAAGCGGAGCUCUGUCGAAAUAGCGCUCCUGACAUGCAACAGCUUCGAAGGCAUUGAUCAAAAUAAGGAAGGACGUCAGGACAUUUGUAUAGAGACUGAACCUAUCGAGGUUUCCAACAAUCCAUCGUUUUUAACGUGGCAAAAAGAUAGUCUAUCAAUGAUUGCGAACAAUUCCGAGAAAUUCGCAGAAUUUCCGCAAGUCGAAGAUGACCGUCGGGAAACCAUAUGGAAUUCGCAAGAAUUGCGUAACCAGGUGGAGCGCAACUGCAAGAGCGUCGACCGAAAACAGAAUUGCGGCGAUCGUGUUGUCGAGCUCCAGGAGGAGAAGAAGAGGAAUAGUUGGUGGAAGGAUGGUGGCCAAACAAUUCUACAGUUUUUCGCCAAGAUACUCGGAAAACGCGGCGGAAUAGGCGCCAAGGGAGCGACGGGUUACGUCUUGCCUACCGGCAAACAGCUUGGCAAGCGUGUCAAGCGUGUCUCAAGGGGUGGCAAAGGCCAUAACGGAUGCGGGAGAGACGUUGAUGGGGGUAUACGCUUGAAGCGAGUCAACAACGGCUACAUUGGCUACAUUGCGAAUCACGUAUAUAGGGACGAGACGAGCCGGUACGAGGACGCCGUGACGGAAAAUAAGUCGCGUGAGAAGCGGCAGCAUCAUCCCUCGAUUCUCGUGCGACAGAUACAGCGGACACGUGACAAAAAUCUACGGGUUAUGUUGCUGGAGCGAGAGCUGCGCGCACAUUUGCCGAAAGCUAUCAAGAGGGAACUGCGACUAACUGCGAAGGUCCGACAAUUAAGCAGCCCUCUUUGUUAAUUUUCCUACCGUAAGGAAACUAGUACUUCGAGAAGAAAUUUAAUUUCAGAUCGCACGUUGGGCUCAAUCUUUUAUCAUAAACGAGUCUUAACACGUUUGCGUUUUACUUUAGCAUGGCAUAGGAUAUAGACCAAAUAAUACGAACGAGAGAAUUAUAGUACAUUAUUUGUUUUAUUAACAAGAGGUUGGCUCAUUUGUCUUUAAUUUGAGAAUAAUU